AUGGCGACCUCUUUACCGCCCCUCGCCCCCUUUCCGUCCUCGCAGUGGCGCGCCAAGCUCACCCCGGAGGACUGGGAGUCUCUCCUCGACGCCUGGACGACCCUCACCCAGGCGUACCUCACCCUUCCCGACGCUCAGCUCGCCAAGGCCGCCUCCAAGGAGGACUCCUCCGUCCCGCCCUUCCUCUCCUCCUUCGUCACCGAGCUCGCGGACGCAGCAGCGGGGCCCUCGACCGUCCUCGGUCCUUCCGCCCACGCCAGGACGCUGCUUAGGUCGGCCUUCGGCCUCGCCUCCCGUCUCCUCACGACGCCGUCCCAUCCGCCCCCAUCCGCGCUCACGUCGCCGCCCUUCCUCGCCGCCUUCAGCAAGCUGUAUCGCAGGAGCGCCCCGCCCGCCCUCUCCCGCGCCUUCGCCCUCCACGGCCCCGCCCUCGAGCAAGCCCUGGCCGGCCUCAAGAAGUCCCUCGCCCAGUCCCUCGAGGCUGGCCUCAAGGCCGACCUCAAGUCGCUUGAGGCCCGCCUCGCCUCCCUCAACCACCUCCUGCACGCCUCCCCGCACGCCGCCGCCUUCUUCCUCGCCGGCGGCGAUUUCCUAGACGGUCUCGUCUCCGCCUUCAAGAUCACCAACCCGCCCCUGCGCAAGGUCCUCGUCGCCGCCGCCUACCUCGGCCUCGUCGGCCUGACCGCCACCGAGCCCCCGCGCUUCGGCAUGCUCGCCGACGUCCUCUUCUCCCUAAAGACCGCCGCCGAUGCCCACCGCGCCGGCCCGAUCGGCGUGAACGACUCCCUCGUCGCCGAGCUGGUCACCGUCACCCCCGUGCUGCGCCACCUGCUCAAGAGGGCCGAGGACGCCGGCGCCGCCUCGACGGCCCUCAAGUCGCGCAUCACCGCCCUCGAGGGCUUCCGCAAGCCCGGCGGCGGCAUGAUGCGGCCCCCCAAGAGGCUCGUCAAGCGCAGGGUCGACAAGGGCAAGGGCAAGGCAAAGGACGUCGCCGGCGACCAGGCCGAACUGCACAUACACAGGCAGAGCCAGAUCUCCCUCAUCCAGGACCUGUUCCCCGACCUGGGCUCGGCCUUUAUCUCAAAGCUGUUUGACGAGUACGGCGAUGACACGGAGGUCGUCACGGCGCACCUGCUGGAGGACUCGCUGCCCCCGCACCUCGCGACCGCGGACCGCACCGCGCAACUAUCGCCCAGGCUGGAGAGAAGAAAGAGCCAGCUCGAACCCAGACCGACACCUCCGCAAUUACCACGGCGGCAUAACGUAUUUGACGAUGAUGAACUAGACAGACUAGAUCUAGACGUUUCCAAACUCCAUUUCGGGAAAAAGGCCCCCGAGAAAACGGCCGACGACGUUCUGCGAGACAGGUCCGCAGCGCCCAACAAGGCAGCCAUCCUGUCGGCGCUCGCGGCCUUCGACUCGGACGACGAUGAGCGCGACGACACCUACGACGCCGACGAUGUCGGCGGCACGGUGGACAACGCCAACGAGGAGGCGGACGGCCAGAAGGACGCCAACGAGGAGACGCUGUUCAAGGUCUACCAGGCGGACCCGGGCGUGUUCGACAGGCAGGCCGCGACAAGGCGGGGCCAGGCGCGGGGCAAGCUGCGGGAGGACACGGGCAUGACGGACGAGGCCAUCGAGGGUUGGGCCGUGAUGCUGUCGAGGAACCUGGGCCAGAAGCGGCGGCUCGAGGCCAAGUACAGCGGCGCUGCGGCAUUCACCGGUGCCCAGGCCGAGAUCGUGUCGACGGCGUGGCGAGCCGGUGACGAGUCCGACCCCGAGGGAGGAGGCUCGUCGAGGGGCGGCAGAGGAGGCGGUCGCGGAGGAGGUCGCGGAGGUCGUGGCCGCGGCAGGGGUGGUGGUGGCGGUGGCGUAAGGGGAGGCGGCAACGUGGCGGGUCCGACGGGAGAGAAAGAGACGGAGGCGGCGCGGAGGAGAAAGGAGGCCAGCAAGGGCUCGCGGGCGAACCACAACCGCCGUGACCAGAGAGCCAAGAAGAUGGCUAGAGGCGGGUUCCCCGGCUGA